AUGCAACAUUACACCUGACAGCUGUUAGCCUUCAUUUCAGUUUGUGAAAAUCUCACACUGCGCUAAUGUGUGUGUGUGUGUGUGUUUAGAAUGGAACAUGGAGGGAGGAUCAGAAUGAAACCUGGAUUUAAAAAAUACGGCUGUGAUUUCACACUGGAUCCAAACACAGCAAACCCUCGUCUCUCUCUGAGUGAGGAGAACAGGAGGGUGGAGAGGAGAGAUGAGCUGCAGUCGUAUCCUGAUCAUCCAGAGAGAUUUGAUGUGUACUUGCAAGUUCUGAGUAGAGAGAGAGUAACUGGUGUUGCUGGUGUUACUGGACGCUGUUACUGGGAGGCUGAGUGGAGCGGGUGGAGAGCUGCUGUAGCUCUGAGUUAUAAAACCAUCAGCAGGAAAGGAGGAGGAUCAGAAUGUGGAUUUGGAUGGAAUGGAAAGUCUUGGAGUCUGAUCUGCUCUGAUAACGGAUACUCUGUUCUUCACAAUGAGAACAUCAUUGAUCUCUCCACUCCUCCCUCCGGCUGUAGGAGAGUAGGAGUGUAUGUGGACUGUCCCUCCGGCACUCUGUCCUUCUACAGCGUCUCCACUGAUACACACUCACACACACACACACCCACUCACACUCUCAAACACUUACACACAUUCUACACCACCUUCACUCAGCCCCUCUACACAGGGUUUGGGGUUUAUUAUGGCUCCUCAGUGUGUCUGUGUUAGACUGUGUAAACCUGUGUAACUGAGUGUGUGUAUCUGCAGUAUAUUGGCAAAAGUAUUUGCUUGCCUGCCUUUGCAACCAUAUGAAAUUGAGUUAAUUCCAUUCUUAAUCCAUAGGGUUUAAUAUGACGUUGGAACACCCGUUACAGCUAUAACAUCUUAAACUCCUCUGGGAAGGCUUUCCACAAGGUUUAGGAAUUUGUUUAUCAGAAUGGGUGACCACAUGUGUAAGGUCAGAAACUCAUGUUGUGCAAAAAUGUCUGGAUCUGUUCUAAGCGUGUUCUAUCAGGUUGGGGUCAGGAAUCUGUUCCUGACCAGUCAAGUUCUUCCACACCAAACUUGCUCAUCCAUGUCUUUAUGUUGAGUUUGAAGCAUGAAUUUGUCUAAAAUCGGUCAAGCAUUAGAGUGUGUGUGAAAUAUUGUGUGUGUGUGUAGUUUGCAAGAACAUGUAUUUUAAUUAUUGUUACCACUUAUUCUCUACAGCUAUAUCUUAUUCUGUUAACUACUUUUUUCUCAUUGUUAUUUUGUUAUUGUUAUGUUUUAGCAAUACUGUUGUAUUACAGUCAUGACAGCUACUUUAAAUCUUGAAUGGAGCAGAUUACUUGAGCUACAUGAGCUAAUAGGGUAAAGCUAGCAGAGGCUAGAUCCUAAUUUACAGGAGCUAAUAGGGUAAAGCAAGCAGAGGCUAGGCACUAUUAUAAAGGAGAAAAUAGGGUCAAGAUAGCACAGUCUAGUUGCUACUUUACAGGAGCUAAUAGGCCUAAGCUAGUGGAGGCUAGCUGCUACUUUACAGGAGCUAAUAAGCUAAAGCUUGCGGAGCUAUGUGUUACUUUACAGGAGCUAAUAUUUUAAACAUUGUAUGUGUGUGUCAAGACAUUAUUCCAGUAUUAUUCUUGCACAAUUGUGAUGUAUGUAACAACUAUGUAUUAUAGCCUGUCCUUCAAAAUAAAAGUCUCACAAUAAUGGCAGAAUUAACCAUAAAUCUUCCUUUAUUAUCAAGAUCGUAUCAGUUGUAUGAGCAAACUUACCCUGACAACAGGGGACCCUGAAAAGUUUAAUGUACAAAUGUAUUCAGCCCCUUUUACUCUGAAAUCCCUAAAUAAAAUCAUGUGCAAACAA